CUGAGCUAUAGACUAUCAUUUCAGCCUGACGAACUGCUGCUGGGACGAGCUUUUCUUUGGGAUCACAAUGGCCAGCCAAAGCAGGGGACCUUUAAGUCUCAUCCCCAGGGGUGCCGAUCUUCAGAAGCAGGUGGGGCGCCUAACUGUGAAGCAGGAGCCAGGGAGCCAGAUCUGGGGGCAGAGCUGCAGUCUCCAGAAGAACCACCCUCCUGUCUGUGAAAUAUUCCGGCUGCACUUCAGAAAGUUAUGUUACCAUGAGAUGUCUGGGCCACAGGAGGCACUGAGCCGGCUCCGGGAGCUCUGCCGCUGGUGGCUGAUGCCAGAGGUACACACCAAGGAGCAGAUUCUAGAGCUGCUGGUGUUGGAGCAGUUCCUGAGCAUCCUGCCUGGAGAGCUCCGGACCUGGGUGCAGCUGCAUCACCCUGAGAAUGGUGAGGAGGCUGUGGCUGUGGUAGAGGAUUUCCAGAGACAUCUCAGUGGACCAGGACAGGUUUCAGCUCCAGCCCAGGAACAGGAGAUGCAUUUGGAGGAGGCAACAGACUUGGAUGGAACAAAGGACUCUCCUCCUACUUUGCUCCUCAGCAAGGGUCCAUCCCCUGCACCCCUCCUGAAGCUUCCUCAUGACCUGGGGGCCCACUGCCUCCCCAAUGGGCACUCAGCUCGCUGUGCUUCCCUAGUGCCUGCCCCUCCCCAGGCUGGGAGCCUGGGAGACCCAGCAGCAGCUACUGUGCUUCAGAUGGUCAGGCCUCAGGCUGGGAUGUCCCUGAGCAGUAGAAGCAUGUCCUUCCAGGGUUCUGCGGCAUUCAAGUUUCUGUCUGUGGAUGGUCCUCAGAAGCAGUGGAAAUGUCCAGCACUGAGUCAGAGCACCUUGCACCAGAACAUCAUGCCAGAAAAUUACCACAGCUUGGCCUUAUUGGCAGCAGGUGAGAACAGGAUGGCGAGGUCAGCACUGCCUCCCAAGCAGAACCUUUCUAAUGGAUCAGAGUCACGUGAUACGACAUCAGGAGGGGCAUGUGGGGUGAUUCCUGAAGAACAAGAGUCUAGCGAUGCCUGUGAGUAUGCUGUGGAGAAGCGAGAAGGUCAGCCCUCAGAUGAGAAAGGGAGCACUCUGGGAAGGGAUUUCUUGGAAAUAACACAGGAGGAUAAAAAAUCCACAAAAGGUGGAUAUGAUGAAUAUAAGGAUCCUGCUGAACCUCCAGAUGUGUCCUCCAGUCCUACAGAACAUCAAGGAGUUUUGAAGGGACAGAAAUUCUAUCAAUGUGAUGAAUGUGGCAAGGCUUUCAAUCGUAGUUCACACCUGAUUGGUCAUCAGAGGAUCCACACUGGAGAGAAGCCCUACGAGUGUAAUGAGUGUGGUAAGACCUUCAGGCAGACCUCUCAGCUCAUAGUUCACCUCAGAACCCACACAGGGGAGAAGCCCUACGAGUGCAGAGAGUGUGGGAAGACGUAUCGGCACAGCUCCCACCUCAUUCAACACCAGAGACUCCAUAAUGGAGAGAAACCAUAUAAAUGUAAUGAAUGUGGAAAAGCUUUCACUCAGAGUUUGCAACUCAUUGACCACCAGAGAACCCAUACCGGGGAGAAGCCAUAUGAAUGCAGUGAGUGUGGGGAGUCCUUUAUUCGGAGUAAGAGUCUCGUGCGACAUCAGGUGCUUCACACUGGUGCGAAACCCUACAAGUGUAAUGAGUGUGGGAAAGCUUUCUGUUCUAGUAGAAAUCUAACUGACCAUCAGCGAAUCCAUACUGGAGAGAAGCCUUAUGAGUGUAAUGAGUGUGGCAAGGCCUUCAGUCGGAGUAAAUGUCUUAUUCGACAUCAGAGCCUCCACACUGGGGAAAAGCCGUAUAAAUGUAGUGAGUGUGGGAAAGCCUUUAAUCAGAACUCUCAACUUGCUGACCAUGAGCGAAUGCACACCGGGGAGAAGCCUUUUGAAUGUAAUGAGUGUGGGAAGGCGUUCAGCCUGAGUAAAUGUCUUAUUCGACAUCAGAGACUUCACACAGGUGAAAAGCCCUAUAAAUGCAAUGAGUGUGGAAAAUCCUUCAAUCAAAACUCACACCUCAUCAUACACCAGAGAAUUCAUACUGGUGAGAAACCAUAUGAAUGUAAUGAGUGUGGGAAGGUCUUCAGUUAUAGCUCCAGUCUCAUGGUCCACCAGAGAACCCACACUGGGGAAAAACCCUAUAAAUGCAAUGACUGUGGGAAAGCCUUUAGUGACAGCUCACAAUUGAUUGUACACCAGAGAGUUCACACCGGAGAGAAACCUUAUGAAUGUAUUGAGUGUGGCAAAGCCUUUAGUCAGCGUUCCACAUUUAAUCACCACCAGCGAACUCACAGUGGAGAAAAGCACUCAGGUCUAGCCCGGUAUUGCCUCUUACUCCUCAUUCCAUUGCGGGGACCAUGUGACUGCUGCUCAGGGUAUGUGAACAGGCAGGUGCUGCUGGCAAAUAAAGGAAUACAACCUCGCUAGGUAAAAAACACCUGCCUGUCUGUCUCUCACAACUGGACUCUGUGGUUUCCUCAUAAACUGAAUGGUGUUGCUAAGAUCAAAACACUCACCCAUUAGUCUCACAGAUUUGUGGCUUAGAGGUCUGUGGGGCCUCGCUGGUCUUCAUCCAUUGCUGUUGGC